GUAAAAUUUAGGGUUUCAAUAACCCCGCGAAGAGAAGCUGAAAAGAAAUCCUGCGCCCUUUUGUUGCUUCAUUUGGGAACGAAAAUCGCACGAUUCCGCAGAGAAUGGCCACUCAGAUGAGCAAAAAGCGUAAGUUCGUUGCCGAUGGAGUUUUCUUCGCGGAGCUCAACGAGGUUCUCACCAGAGAGCUUGCCGAGGAUGGCUACUCUGGUGUUGAGGUCAGAGUUACGCCUAUGCGCACAGAAAUCAUCAUCAGGGCUACUCGUACCCAGAACGUUCUAGGUGAGAAGGGCAGAAGAAUCAGGGAACUCACUUCAGUUGUUCAGAAACGAUUUAAGUUCCCGGAGAACAGCGUGGAACUUUAUGCUGAAAAAGUUAAUAACAGAGGGCUCUGUGCCAUUGCUCAAGCCGAGUCUCUCCGCUACAAGCUUCUCGGGGGACUCGCUGUUAGAAGGGCCUGUUAUGGUGUCCUGAGAUUUAUAAUGGAAAGUGGAGCAAAGGGCUGUGAGGUGAUUGUUAGUGGGAAACUUAGGGCUCAGCGUGCAAAGUCCAUGAAAUUUAAGGAUGGAUACAUGAUAUCCUCUGGUCAGCCUGUUAAUGAAUAUAUUGAUUCAGCUGUGAGGCAUGUUCUUCUCAGACAGGGUGUUUUGGGAAUCAAGGUGAAGAUAAUGCUGGACUGGGAUCCCAAGGGUAAGCAGGGACCCACAACACCCUUGCCUGAUUUGGUCACCAUCCACCCCCCCAAGGAAGAAGAGGAAUAUAUGAGGCCAGCAAUGGUUGCACAACUUGCACCUGAGAUAGAAAUUGCUGCGGCUUGAGAUCGAUCAUAUAUGUUGGUCCAAACAAGUCUUACGGUGUAAUUUCUUUGUCCCGAGUUCAGAGAGGAUUUUUGCUGAUCUUUUGAUGUGAUCAAGGGGAAGACA